AAACUGGAACAUGCGAGGGUCCUGACAAUGAUGUUCAUCCUCGGUAGCUAUUGCUCAGGUUCUUCCAUUCCCCCCAGAUUUGCCUUGCCAUGGCCUUUGGGGACGGUAUCACCCGAUCUCUCGUCGGCCCUUAUUGUCUUAUGGCGGACAUACAAUGCAAGAGAUUGAUUGGAGAGCGAACCUAAAGAACGUGCACUGUCGAGAGAGAUGGACAAUGUUAAUUCACAUCCCAACCCUUCGAGGUUUCCUAGAUACCACCCACGGUAACUAUCGGUGUUGCCGGGAGGCUGGGGAUAUUGAUAGGUGGUGGCCAUUGGGAACCCAGCUGGAUUGCCCUUGGCACUGGGGAUGGCGAUCGACUCGGGGGCCGGUCCGACUGCUGGCCGAAGACAUCACGAUGACGCACAGGUGGACGUGGAAAUUCCCAAUCGGACGAUCUGCGCCUCUGUCGCGAGGCUGGGACGCAGCACCUGGUGAAUCGCCUCAUGAGUCAUUGCGCCUGGAUGCUUCCAGAAGGGUGGAAAUCCGCAGCACUGGACACAAUCCCUCGUCCUUGUGCCCUUCUGCUGUAUGCUUGUGCACCGCCAUCGGGCACAUCGACUCGGUGGACGGAUGCAGCCUCUGGCCAUGCAGGAUGCGACCGUCACCAAGCGGACCGCAGUGAAUGGGUUUAUCGGCAGGCAACGACGUUGGUCAGCCGAGGGAUUAUCCAACAGUUCGGGAUGGCUGGGAGGCUGACAAGCAUCCGGGUUGCAUCGGGUCUAUUCUUAGCAGGGGCUCUGAUAGGUAGGGACCGAUGCAUCACGCUGCAGGAUGGAGCAGCAU